AUGGCCAUGCAUGCAUAUGCCACCAUCUUCAAUAAUGUCAAUGUCCCCAUCAAAAAUCUUGCACAAUCAACCCCCUAAUUUCACUCUAUUCCCACUACCACCCUCCCUCUUGGUCCUGCUCCUAUCACUACUACUCUAUAUAUACACCUGACCAAAUGGAGAAGUUUAAACCUCCCCUCCUCAUCGAGCUUAAUUCUUACACCAGAAAGAAAAAUGGGUUCCCUCCCUCACAUUGUCGAAGACUGUAUGGGCGUUCUCAAACUCUUUAGCGACGGAUCCGUCCAUCGCUGCUCUGUGAAAGACAUAAACUUCCCCAUAUCAGUCGUUAACGACGACUCCGUGGACUUCAGAGACGUCGUUUUCGAUGAAAAGCUCAACAUUUCCCUACGUCUGUACAGACCUAAAAGCCACACGUCCAGGCCAACGGCCACACCCGCCAAGCUCCCCGUGGUGUUUUACUUCCAUGGGGGCGGCUUUUGCGUCGGCUCGCGAGUGUGGCCCAACAGCCACAACUGCUGCAUCCGCCUUGCGUCGGGGCUCGACGCGCUCGUCGUGGCGCCGGACUACCGUCUCGCCCCCGAGCAUAAGCUCCCGGCCGCGUUGGACGACGCGAUGAGUGCGGUGGAGUGGCUGCAGAGGGAGGCUCUGAUGAGUGAGGGUGGUAGUGAUGAUUGUGAUGCAUGGCUGGGUGGUGGUUUGGUUGACUUUGACCGGGUUUAUGUGGUGGGUGACUCUUCAGGAGGUAAUAUGGCUCACCACGUGGCGGUACGGCUUGGAGCUGGGUCAGUCAAGGCGGCGCCGGUGAGGGUACGGGGUUAUGUACUUUUGGCACCAUUUUUUGGCGGAGAGGGGAGGACGAAGUCGGAGGAGGGUCCGCCUGAGAUGUUUUUGAAUUUGGAGAUACUUGACAGAUUUUGGAGGCUCUCAAUGCCGAAAGGAGAAACCAGGGAUCAUCCGAUGGUGAACCCAUUUGGACCAAACAGCCCCAGCCUUAAGGAGGUGGAUCUUGAUCCCAUCUUGGCUAUUGCAGGCGGCAAUGAAAUGUUGAAAGAUAGAGUGGAGAUCUACUCGAGGAGACUGAAAGAGUUGGGAAAGAAGAUCGAGUACGUGGAAUUUGAUGGACAACAACAUGGCUUUCUUACAAAUUAUCCAUACUCAGAAGUGGCAAACGAAGCACUUCAAGUUAUCAAGAGAUUUAUAAUUGAAAACUCCAGCUAAAACAACGUCCUAAUUAAGCAUGAUAAUUAUCACUGUUGUAGUCUUAGUUUUUGAGAUUCCACUUUGAGAUUUUUGUUUCUUCUUUUUUGAGUGUUUGAGGUACGUUUCGCAAUAGUAGUUCUAGUAUUCUAGAGUUAUUGUAAUUUGUCUUUGUGAACCUAUUAGUUAGUUAUACGGUAGUCCUUUGCUUA